AUGGCGUCAUGGGAGCAUUUCGGGGAGGUGGCGAACGUCAUCCAGUUGACGGGCCUAAACGCCGUCGCAUUGAUCGGCCUUAUAGCCAAGGCGGCGAACACGGCCAGAAUGCACAAGAAGAACUGCAGGCAAUUCGCGCUGCAUGUGAAAUUGAUUGGGAAUUUGCUGGAGCAGCUGAAGAUCACGGAGCUGAAGAGGUACCCCGAGACGAGGGAGCCAUUGGAGCAGCUCGAGGAUGCUCUGAGGAGGGCUUAUCUUCUCGUCAACAGCUGCCAGGAAAGAAGCUAUCUCUACUUGAUGGCCAUGGGCUGGAAUAUAGUCUAUCAGUUCAGGAGGGCUCAGGAGGAAAUCGAUCGGUAUUUGAGGAUUAUACCUCUAAUUGCCCUCAUUGAUAACGCUAGAGUAAAGGAGAGGCUCGAAGAAAUUGAGAGGGACCAGCGUGAGUACACAUUAGAUGAUGAUGACAGGAAAGUCCAGGACGCCCUCUCCCAAAAUGACAUGAUAAUCUUGAAAAAAAGUCUGUCUUGUUCUUAUGGGAAUGUGCCUGUAGACAAGGCCUUAAGAAAGGAACGCAAGAAGCUUGAGCUCGAACUCCAGCACUCACAGGCUAACAUGGACGUGAGCCAGUGCCAGGUGAUCGAGCGCCUGAUGGAGGUUACUGAAUAUGCGGCAACAACUCCUGGGGGGGACCAAGAUAUGCCAUGUAAGGCUUCAUGGACAUCAGAUUCGGACAAGGAGCAUUUUUCAAGUGAAAAGGAUCGCGAGAAAGUUGAUAACUCGAAAAGUUCAAGGGAAGUCAAGAAGUCAUCAGGGUAUGAUACAGCAUCAAUGAGGGAGUUGACUGGGCAAGACGAGUGGCAUGCGGAUCUUCUUGGCUGUUGUUCUGAACCUUACUUGAGUAUAAAAACUUUUGUUUGUCCUUGUGAUACACUUUCGAAGAUAGCAUCUGUGGCAACUGGCAAGGAAAUAUCUUCGGCCCAGACUUGUAAUGACAUAAUGGCAUAUUCACUGAUACUAUCAUGUUGUUGCUACACAUGUUGUCUCAGAGGAAAGCUCAGACGGACUCUUAACAUCAAGGGCGGUUGGUUUGAUGAUUUCUUGUCACAUUUGAUGUGCUGUUGUUGUGCACUUGUCCAAGAAUGGAGGGAAGUGGAGCUACGAGGUGCGCACAAGACAUGGACUGAUCCUCCUUCCCUUCAACAUAUGGAAUACUGA